UAGAAAUCUAGAUCUCAAUGAAUAUGGCUGAAGAUGCGUCUCAGUCUACGCGCCACGAGCCGCAGCUCUCUCCCAUCGCGGAGAAAUCGCUGCCGGCAAAAUGCAAGCCAGGCUCCCUGACCUACUGUCCCACGAUGGACCUCAUUGCUCUUGUCACCGACGAUGACGAGCUGUGUGUCUUUCGGCUGAAUGGGCAGCGCGUGUUUGGGGGCUCGUUUAAGGGGGAUCCUUAUCUUGGGGAGGACGAAGCUGAUGGUGAGAUUCGUGGGUUGGCGUGGAAAAAUAAUGGCUAUCUUCUCGCUGUCGCAUGCGCGGACAACACCGUCCGCAUAAUCAGCGCCUACAGCGGCAAGACCGUCCACCACUACGACGUCUACCGCUCACCGGACGAGAAUGUCCCCGCCCAGGUCUCCUGUCUCGGGUGGGGUGUGAACUUCACGGAUUCUCGCGUCGCGCGCGCCAAUCUGCGUGAGGCUGUUGGCCAAGUCUCCGUCGAGGAUCUCUUGUCGCCGGAUGUGCAUCCGUCCAAGGCCGCGGCGUUGCUUGGGGCGGAUCUGCCGCGUGAGUUGGCUUUGCUGGAUGUUGAGUCUUCUUUGCCGAAGUUGAGUACGCUGCCUGCUACGGGUGGAGACGAUGAUGUGUUCAGCUCCCGCCCGUCCAUCGACGCCAUCUUCCACUCGUCGACCAAACACACGAGCGAUGCGGUCGACGUGUUACUAGUGGCUUUUGAGGACGGUACCGUUCAUCUCCGUAUCUUUGAUUGCUUCGAGAUUGGCUCGAUCCAGAUUGCUAGCCCUGUAGGGUCAGCACCUUGCAAGAUUCUGCAGCAUGCCUCGCAUCCGCUCAGCUCGACGCAUGCCUUGCUGGCUGAGACGUUGAACUCUCUGCAUCUGGUGACACUGGAUCUGCGCUUCAUCACGAGGUCCGGCCGCUACCUGUCGCUUUUGGCGCACAAGACCACCCAGCUGCAGAAUCUGCUACGCUACAUCAACCAGGUGCAGAGGCAGAUUGAGCUGGAAUGGAAGAAUGCACAGGAGCUCCCUGCGCGGUAUAUGCGCAGUGUGAAUGAGGAUCUGCAGGAGAAGUGCCAUUGUGAUUUCGUGACUGCUGCGUAUCAUUUGGUUGUCACCGGGGAUUGUUUCGACCCGCUUAGGGAGUUCUUAGUGGAUAUUGUGGGAGAGAGGGGUCACAAACGAUGGGAGAAGGCUGUCUCGAGCGGUUAUGAAAACGUUCGACGGCUGACCCAUGAAUGUCUCCUCCCAGCUCUAGAGCGAUGCGAGGUCCUGCUCAGCCGGCUUAUCGGCCUCUCCAAGUUUACAAAGCUGAGCGAGGUCCUCGGACUGGAGACGUCCGACCUCAAUGCCAUCGUCGAGACGAUGGACUGCCUCCACCUUCUAGCACACCACAUCCUCAUCCACACCAACGAGGAGCUCGGUCAGUUCUACAGCUUUUCGCGCUGGCUCCGCCACGAGAUCGACAUGCAGAGCGCCGAGCCCAUGUCGCAAACCCUCGAAGAGCUGAUGGAGAAGACCGACCUGGUCGAAUACCCCCAGACGCUCAAAUACAUUCGCGGGGCCCUAGCCAAAAGCAAACUCCGCUACUACAUCCAGCAGCUGCCCAUGAUGGGUAUCCCUCGGCCGCCACCACCACCACCGUCCGCCGCCUCGAUGGACAAAUGGGCGCCCACCGGCCAGAGCCACGACCGGUCAUUCUACGACACGUUCAAGAAGCUCCUGCGGCAGCAAAGCCAGGGGGUGGACGACGACGCGAACCACGUCGAGCUUCCCAAGAUGAAUGACCUGACGAAGCGGCUGGGUCUGCAGUUCGAGAAGGUCUUCGGACAGAUAGCCUUGACGCAGCGGAGGGGGAUCCUCCACCGCUCGCCUCUUGCUCUGCAUUCGGACUGCGAUCGAAACGUCAUUGAUAUGACAAUGCGGUAUGAAGACGCCGAGAAGGACAGCCCAUGCGUGGUCUAUCUGGCGACCCGGUCGACCUCGUCCAAGCAUCUACUUUACAUAUACCGCGUAGUCCUCGACUCGGAGAACGGCGUCAGCUCGACCCGAACGACCUCCCUUGGGGCCUUAACCCUCCAUGACGGAGAAAUCCGACAGAUCCAGUUCGUCGAAGACGACACUCUUAUGGUACUCUGGACUAGCAAAAAAGGAUCCAGCUACCUCCUCAACCUCCCCUUCCAGCCAUCAUCCCCAGAAGUAGGCCCGUCGGCCGUGACCUACACCGACUGCAAUACUACAGCCACCACGGCUAUUCCUCCUCCGACACCACUAGACAUGUCAGUCUCGUCUUCAACAGGGGGGGCGGGAAUCAAACAUCGCUUUGCGACCGGCGGCGUCAAGGCCAAACCGGCCCGGAUCGAUGUGAACGGGCGACAGGGACGACGGGCGAUCUGUGUGGUGUAUGGGGAUGGACUGCGCUACGAGGUGCUGGAUUUGGACGCUGAAGUGGAGGAGGAUGAGAUGGAAUAG